UGGGACAGGCCAAGCACCCAUGCAUUCAAUUUAGCGAGGCGAGCUGGCGCUCACUGUCCUUAUAAGAUUGGGGCAUUGCGCAUGCUCCUCGACACCCUCAAUCAAGUUCGCCGCCAACACUAUCACCAUGCAGCUCCUCUCCACGCUCGCCCUCCUGGCCAUCAGCCUCAGCGGCGUCGCACCUUUGCUCACUACUACCUUCCCUCGCAUCCCGUUACCGAGCUCCAUCCAUCCGGUACCCCUGCCCGUCCCCGCUUGCAACCCCUCGCCAGGCUGGCAAUGGGCCUCUUACUCCGGCCCAUUCACAGGUCUUGAAGAUGCCUCUACGCUUCAAACGCGCCGACCCAAAGAGAACGGCACAUCGCCCUCCAUUGGCUGGAUCGCCGUGCCUGGGUGGACCGACGAUACUCUCAACGCGAGCAACAGCUUCGCCAUGCAGCAUCGCGCCUACCUACUUGUCCCUCAGAGCGGUCGCUACUCCUUUGCCUUCAGCGGAGUCAUCGACAGAGUCCGCGUGUGGCUAGGCAGCGAGGCGGCGUACGCUGGGUACACCAACGGCAAUCAAGACGACAGCUUCUUCUACCAGCGCAUCGACGCAGGUGACUUUGAACAGGGCGCAGGCGUUGUGGAGAAGUACUUUGCCGCGGGCCAGUACGUGCCCGUGCGUGUGCUGUACUACAACGCAGGACACUCAGGCGACUUCAUCAUGAAGAUGACGGGGCCUGAUCGUCAGGAGCUGUCGGACGAUUACGCAAUGCUGAGUGGCUGUGAUGAGAAUGGGAAGCCGGUGACCUUUAGGAGAUGGGGCAAUGAGGCAUAGCUGUGCGUGUCCGCUCUCUUCUGGACCAAAGUUGUAGCCGCGCCCAGCAGCAUCAAAGCUCUCAAAAGCCAGCGUAUUCCUGUCCUUUGCAGCCGUGAAAGAUGAAUCCAACAUUGUCUCUCUUGGAAAGCCAGUUUUGGGCCAAGCUGAAAGGGCCGCAGCGGUAGGCUACUGCUGAGACCACGAAUGGAAGGAGAGGCGAACGCUGCUGAGACCAGGAUUGGAAGGAGAGGCGAACGAGGAUAGACAGAGGAUAUGAGCAUCGUUGACUUGACGAGACUGAUGUCGUCGGAAAUACUGCUGUGAGGGCGCAGAAGUGGCCGCUACGCUCACUACGAGCACGGAAGGUGUUGGCUGAUGGCAGAGCUCUGAAUCUUCAGUGACCAUCUACUGCAGAAGAGGCUUCGGCGAGGCCUAGAGACCUCGAAAGGUCUCGGGGCAAAGAAUGGGCUGAGGAGAG